AUAAUUUUGCUGUUGAGUGUUAAAACGUAUCGAACGGGUUUUAAACGCGGUCAAUUACGACGGCUGCGAUUAGCGCAAGACGAAUUAAAACAUCCUUAAAUCACGAGAUCUUACUGACAAAGUGCAUAAUUAUCAAUUAUACGUUAAGCAACAAACAGGCCCGGCCAUGCUACUGGUACAACAUAUUUUUCAUUUACUCGCAUCUGGCUCACAGCAGUACAUUCAUAUGUAUGUACUUAUACAUCAAUUUCCUUGUCCUUAUUCGGAUGAAUAAAGCAUCGUAUGAGAAUUAUAAUUGUUAAACAUAAUUAAAUACGUAUCUACAUAAUGCAGUCAGCAUCAAACAUUUUUUAGAUGGUGCACAAAUCUUGUGCGUUAUAAUUUAUAAGCCAAAUACAAUUGACUAUAACACAAACAGCUUCUAAAGCGGCAAAAUGUUAAUUCGUUGGAAGAGCAAAGAUAAAAGUGCAUCAACUAAUCAAAGUGGCAGCGCGAACAGCAGCUCAUCGUCGAAAAAGAAACGCAAAGGACGAGAAGGAGAAGAAGACUGGCAAAAUGAGAACAAACCGGGCCGCUUACCGACUAACGAUCAAGGAGGCGACGAGCGCAGACGCGCAAUGCGCCGCGACGAUCCACGGCGCCACACACUUGGUGGCGACAUUUUAGUCUAUGGAAGUUCUCAACAUCCUCACGCACAUCAAAUGCCACAGCAGCAACGUGCCAUGGACCUGGAAAUGAGUACUCGAGCGCAAAAGAACAAGAAGAAUCAGCCAAUGCGCGGCUAUGCACCCGUUAAUCAGGGUCCGUUGUUCGACGAUGACCCCGGCAUUAUGUCCGAGGUGGAAACUGCUAGCACUGGCUUUCGGCGCGGCGGUAAACAGCGCUCAUCUUUGCCAGUAGUGCGCACACCCUCCAAGACACUGGAGCGACCGUUGGGGCUUGUAUUCUUACAAUACCGAUCAGAAACAAAGCGAGCACUACUCCCAAAUGAAAUCACGUCGAUAGACACGGUGAGGGCGUUGUUUGUGCGCUCGUUUCCCCGUCAGUUGACCAUGUCGUACUUGGAAGGACCGAACGUUAAGAUCUACAUUCAUGAUGCCAGCAAGGACAUGUUCUAUGAAUUGGAAGAUGUGCGUUCGCACUUGCGCGAAAUACGUGAUCGCUCGGUGCUGCGUCUCUUUGAGUCCACAGAGGUAGCCGCUCCGCCUCAGAUUUUGCCAGGUGGUCCCGGUAUACCACAGCCGCUGCCCCAGGCACCAUCUAGCUGGGAUCAGGAUCAGAGCUACUUUAGUGAGCCAGAAUUCGAUUCGGACUUCAAGCACCAGCACAUUCACAAAUCUAAGGUUGGCAAACAACCAGCUCCAUAUUAUGUUGGCUCCUCACAGACGCUGCCACGUGGCAUGUACGCCUCAGAACGUACCAAAGUCUCGAUGGACGGAUAUACCAGCUCUCCAGAACGAAGCGUACGUGGCAACUAUGAGGAACCAUACUAUAGCCAGUACGGUACUCGCGGCGCUGUUGUGGCUCCCAUCAUUGACGAGGAACAAAGCGAUGUGGCCCUCGCGGAAGACCAGUAUUCGUUGUACGGCAUUAAAGUGGGCCCUAACCGUCUGCCGCAUCGUGGUAAUCAGAUCUACGACCCAACCAGACCUGAAGACUUACAUCGCAUACGCGUUGAGCAUAUGGAGCGUCAAUUGGCUAACCUGACUGGAUUGGUCCAGAAGGCUUUAGUCAAUCAAAAUCCCCAAAUCGCUCCAAUGGCUGUGCCCACAUUAGAUUCCAACUAUCUCGUUGUGCCAUCACAAAUGCAAGCUAAUGGUUCCGCUGAUGAACUAUAUAUAAGAGAAAAGGCACCCAAACUGGGAAAGAACUCCUGUCAAAAAUCCGUAUCAUUUGAGAAAUCUGUUUCAUUUAGCGACGAUAUACAGGGAAUACCCAAGUCUCAUAGUCCUAUACAUGCCGCUGAUACGAAACCAACAAAGCCAGCAAUCAAGUCGUCUACCUUGCCACGUACAUCGUCUCAAGAGCGCGAUCGCCUAAAGCCCCCUCCACCGCCAAAACCCAUUGUGUUGGCCCAGACCUCCCAUCCUAGCUACCGCGCGGACAUUGCACUCGCACCAGAGGUCUAUAAUCAUUUGCGUGGCCUGCAAAAAAAGGCAAAGGACCUGCGCAUGGAAGUGCGAACUUUGAGGCGGUUAUCUCAGGCCCAGUCCGUAGCCGUACGAGAAGAUAUCAAGAGCACCUUUAUGCGCAUACGUGCCACAUUGUUGGCCAGCAGUGGCAACUUUUGGGGGCAAAUCGACCAGGACACCACGCGAAUCUCGAGGGAAGAAGAACUAUACAAACAGGAGGUCAUACGUCUUGAAAAGGAUCUAAGCGAUUUGGAAGCUUCAGUGGAGAACUUACGUGGCGAGGUAAUCAAUCGACGUACGCGCGUCAAUAUGACAGCUGUCGAGGACAUGGCGCUGGUACUAAGUCGUGCAAGCAAAACUGUUGCUGAACUGAAGCUCAAAUUUCCGACACUAUCAAAUGGCUUGCGGUGCAUAUUAUCUAACGAGAUGGAGAAGGUGGUACGUGAAGAAAAGUUCCUAAAAGAAGAGCCCGACCGCCUGGAGUCGGCCUUGCGACGCUGCAAAAAGCUUACGGGCACGUUAGUGACACUUAAACGUUUGGCCAGCGUACAGGAACAACGAUUACCACCCAAUGAGCCGUCAGUAAAUGAAGAGUCUUUACGUUCCGCCGAUAUUUCGGUGCCUGACAAGCCAAUCCCAACACCCAGGAUGGGGUCGUUCACUGUCAGCGGGGGAUUCGCACCCGAAAACGCACUCGAUGCUCUGCUAGACGAGCUGAAGACAUUUUCAAAGCCGAUUGCCCAACAACAACAACAGCAACAACAACAACAAAAACAACAAUUCGAGGUACGCCCCGAAGAUUCGGCAUCCGAUGAGAGCGCCCAGGCUGCUAUACAGAGUACCGUCACCACGCAAAUAUCCCAGGCUCGCCUUUUCACUGAAUCCAACGUAAAUAUGCAACAGGCUAACACUAACAGCAUGGUCAUUGCUGUGGCAACAGGUGCUAUACAACUUUCACGUGGCCCAUUGAGCCAUCAGCAGUCCCAGUCCCAGCAGCAGCAGCUAAUGGUGCACACCCAUAUGGGCAGUUUACGUCGCCUGCACUCCUUCCCCAGCGAAUCGGAGAACGAAUUCCCAGCCACUGGUCCGCGUGACAGUCUCGCUAAUGGUGGUGGCAGCAGCAUCAUCAAACCACCACUCCCUGAGCGUAACGCCGAUUUAAUAACUAAAGUGGGUCACAAACGCAUACCGCCACCACCGCCGCCGCGUACCAGCUCACGCAGUCCACUGGCCAGUCCGACAAGCCCAAAUGUGCCACAGAACAUAGUUGCCGCAGCUGCUGCCAACAACAUUGGUGACAAUAUCAUCAGCAUCGAAACUGUCGUUAUCGGUGGUGGCGACACCUCCAGUGGCGACAACUCCAGCGGCAAUGAGUCCGGCAAUGAUCAUGCCCAGCGCCAGGUUGCACUUGAAAUGCGGCACCAGGAACUAUUGAAGAAGCAGAAGCUAUUGCAGGAACAAUACCAGCGUUUGCAACAAAUGAGCAAGAUACCCUCUGUGGACAUAUCCUGCCCCUCACAAGACCCAGCCAGCGGUGGCAACGCGAACACAAUGCUCAAACACUUGGGCAGCGAAUCAAAUAUACAGCAAAAAAUCGCCGCAUUGAACCUGGCCUGUGAGUUCGGCAGUGGUGUCGACGCUGCGGCGGCUGAGACUACUGUGGGUGCAAAUGGUGUGUUGAUCAGUGAUGCUACGGGUGGUGUGGUCGGCGGCGUUGUUGGUGGCGGUGGUGUUGUUGUUGGGACGGUUGGUACAGAAGCUGCUGCUGCUGCUGCAAACACACAAUUACAAACAGCUUCAAUGACCACUAAGCAGGUAUAUGAGACGGAAAUACUUUAACACAACUGGAAAUUGGCAUGGAGCGAAACCAAAAUUGAUAUUUAAUCUGUUGUAGCGCCCGGUUAAUUGAAGCAUUAUAUGUCUAUCUCUGUCAUUUGCACGAGUUUCAGCUCUAUCCGUAUAUCACUAUCUUUGUCACUCUUGUUAACAGACAUCAUUAACAUACGAAGACUUAGACAGGCCUUCGGACUCUGUAAUAUCAUUAAUACAUGAAUAAUAGAAUUGUUAAGAAAUGUUAA